AUGACAACCACAGCCGCCACCAACAACAACAACAGCAACCGCAACAACAAUAACCACUCAUCCUCUUCAAAUCUCUCUUCCUCAUCCACAACUCCCGUUCAAUUCUCGGACACACAACCAGCCAAUGAAGAACAAUUUCGAGAGGUUCUUUCAUUGAUGAGAGAUUACAACAUUUCAUAUGAAUCCGUUUUGGAUGAUUUGGAGUCGAGACAAAUUUUGCGCGAUUUUAUGAAAUUCAACCGAAAUGAAGAGAGUUUACUUUUUCUUGAACAUGUGAGUGAAUAUUUUAGAAAGAGGUCUCUCAAUAACAAGUGGAAUGCGCUUCUCGAAAUUGAGAGAGUCUUUUUUAAUGGCAACUCGAUUCAUGAAUUGAAUUUACCACAAAAAGUGAGAGAAUUGUUUUCACACAGUUUUGAGAGUUUGUGUGAAAGGUAUGAAUUGAAUGGAAACGAUUUUUCGGAAAAGAUGGAAUCCACAAGAGCUUCCACUUCGACCAACCCUCCACCAUUGUCCUUUGAGAGCUUACUUUCGCAAUGUGAAGACGCCUUAAAAAAAGCCGAGUCCUACGUGAUGGUUAAUCUCAAGGAACAUGUCUUUCCUCGAUUUUUAGAAUCCAAAAUGUUUGUCUCCUUCCUCUCCAAACGUGACAAGUCGUUUCUCAACAAAAUUGGAAAUGUCAAAAAUCUCACUCAUUCCUGUUUUGUGGAAUCUUUAAUGGACAUGAAAAAGUGUGAAAUCUCAGUCGAUCAAGUACGAAUGAUUAAGAAGCAUGUUUUCGACCCUCAGCGAUGGCAACUCUAUUUUGAAGACAAAAAUUGUCAAGUCUACUUUUCAUCCUCACGAUACACAUUGGGAGCAGAAAAGGAUGAAAGUGGUGGAAUUAGUUUUUCCAAAUCGGAAUGUAUCUUUCCCUACUCGGCUCAACAGGUCAUGAGCAUCAUGUGUAACAAGCAAGUUCGUCUUCAGAGCGACAAGAAUUUAGAUUCAGUGACACAACUUGCCUAUCGAACAAAAUUUGAAGUCACCAAUCAAGCAACAACAACUAAAAUCAUGAAAGAAUCGUCGAGUAGUGGCACUAUCACUGAGAAUUCAUUAGGCGAGCAAGCAAAUCAUAAUCCUGCCAAUGCGGAUCAAGAUGACCUGAGAAGUUCAUGCAGCAAUGAAGACGAUGAGGACUCUCUUUCAACCUCUACGGAAAGUGGUGUGCUCUCUUCCUCAUUGCCAGAGAAUGUGCCAUCGCCUCAACCUAAUUCACCACAACUUGUCCAGAAACAGCCACGACAUGAACGUCAACCAUCAUCUGCUCAUAGACGUCACACUUCCGGUAAAACAAAACUUGCUUGCACCAUCACUCAUGAAGUCUACAAAUUAAUAUGGCCUAUCAAAUCAAGAUAUUAUUUCCUCUGUCAAAGCAUGAUGCAUGAUUUGACUGACAACAUGUACAUUGUUUGUAAAAAAUCAUGUGAACCCUCUUCAUGCAAAGAUUUGAAAAUCCCAAAUUUGGAACAAUUCAACAACAAUGACCACAUUAAGGCGGCUAAUGUGGGUUGUUGGAUUUUCCAACCCAUUCAAACCCAUGAUGGAAAGGAACAUUGUCGUUACAUUCAAUUUAUUGGCACUGAUUUGAAAGGUUCAAUGCCUCGAUGGAUUAUUGAAAAAAUUAUUAAGGGAAGAGCGAAAAAUUUUUAUUACGACAUGAUGAAAAUUUUGGAAAAGAACGAAGCAACUUUGGGGAUGGGAGAACGACCAAAAGAUUCGUCUGGAUUUUUUGAGACUUUGGACGAAAAUGGAAGUGUCAUUUUGUAG